GAGCAAGCCGGUUGUUGUCAAUUCCUUUAACAAAAAUUAGUGAAAUUCUCGGAAAUACUUAUCAGUAAAAAUAUUAUCAUUUAAAAGAUUAUUCUACAUAACAUGUUUCUAUUUUGAACAUUGAACUUAAAAUGUGUGCAAGUUAUUGUUAAAAUCAAAUUUUUAAUUGAAAAUUCACGAACCAAAAAAAUAUCUGUGUAUACAUUUAGUGAGAAAGAGAAGCAAUAUUAUCUUCUUGGAAAUUCCGCUUGCGUAUAAUUUUGUUCAGUUCUCGGAAAAAAUUGCGCUAUUUACGGGUGCUUAGUGAUGUAAAUGUCGAGAGUUCAGCAAAGCUACGUGCCAUAAUGAUUGAAUUUUUAUUUGAAAAGGAAAAUUUCUGAGAUAUAAAAUAACUGAAACUGGAUUAUUAUUUUAAACAUAUAGCAACAUAAAAAAGAACAAAAAACAAUUUAAAAUGUUUUCAAAUAUGAGGUUGAAAUUUUUGUUACUUACUUUGACAGUAUUGUAUGUGACAAAUGCAAGUGCAAAAAUAUAUUGUGCGAAUCACACUUAUGGAGCUUCAGUUAAUACAUCAUAUAUGCAGUUUACAAAAGAGGUUAUUGAUCAAGAAUAUGUAAUGGAAGGGAACUUUAAAUAUCUUCAUUGUUGUGCCAAAGGAUAUAGAAGUAUUGAGUGGUUAAAAGACGGUAAAAGUUAUCCAUGGUCAUCAGAGGAUACAUCAUCACUCAUUUUAUAUCCAGAUGCAGAAAACCAAACGAUUUUCACAAGAAAAGCUUCAAAAAUUGAUGAAGGAAAAUACACAUGCGUUCUACGGAAUGCAACACAUAAGUUAGAACAUCACAUUGACAUUAAAGUUAUAAGUUCAUCGCCAGAUAUUCCCUUAGCAACAUUUAAACCUGUCGAUCAAUUUGUAAAUGUUGAUGGAUCGGCUAGAUUUUAUUGUGAAGCAUUUAUUGGAAAGAAAGCACUACCAAAUAUUGCAAUAAGUAUUAAAUGGCAUCAUUUAAGUGACGAUAGUAAAGUAGAAUCAAUAAAUAAUGAUGAUAAUCAUAUUGGUGAAGAAGUCGUUUAUCGAGAAGAUGGACAAAUUAUUGGAUCAUACUUGACAAUCACACAAGUAACAUUGAAUCACUAUGGACGAUAUUUAUGUCGAAUUGAAAUUGGCAAUUCAUAUAAUCAUCGAUUAGACAUGACAGCAUCACUCAUUAAUGCACUUCCCAUUGAGGCAAACUUUAGAUCUAUUCUCACAAAUCAUAUUUUUCUUGGUUCUUGUGCUGCUAUUAUUGCUCUCAUCACGUUUUUUCUUUUCCUACACUGCACGAAGUCGUGGUGGUUAGAUUACGUCGGUGCUAGCGUAAAAAAAGAAGAUGAUCUUCAGAAUAAGGAACUUGCAGUAUUCUCUUGUCGAAAACAUUUACAACCAGUGAAGUCUGAUGUGAACCGACAUUUGCGCAAUAAAUGUGAUGAUAUUAAAAUCCAAAUAGGCAGUUCUUAAGUUAAUAUCUUCCUCGCUGUAUACUCUAGUAAACUUAAGAACACUCAUACAUUCCAUAAUCUCAACUGUCAAUAACAAUUGGCAGUAUAAAUAAAAUUCUUUAAAAUAAUCAAGAGACUGUAGUUAAUAAUGUUUGUGAAUGUCCUUUUGAUAUGAAAUGUUAAAAUAAGAAAAUUAUGAGUCAAGUACAGUCAAAAGUUACAUGAAGAUUGUUUUUUUUAAAAAAAAAAAUUUGCUAAUGAUUUAAGUAAAAUAAUUAAAGUUGGCUCAAGUAUUAUUGUUGAAACAUGACAUACCUAAGAAGCAGCUUGAAAAAUAUCUUGAAAUAUUGUUUAAAAUUUUGUAAUUUUUUUUUCAUAAUUUCAAUUCAUUGCUCAGAAAACACAAAUUUAAAGUGAUAAAUAUUUAUUAUAAGUAUGGUACAGAAACUUUUUAGGUACAGAUUGAUCUGCCAAGCGAGAAUAUUUUACUGUUCAAAACCUCGUGCUUUUAUAUUGAAAAUAAUAAAAUAAAAAGUGAAUCAUUAAAUUGAUGAUCAAUAAAAAAUUGGAAUUUUAAGCCAGGAUGGCAAUGAAACAGAAAAAACCCGAGUUGAC